CUCAGUCCAGUCUCCACGUGCUGCUCGGUCAGUUCAGUAGUUCAGUCAAAGUAGAUUCCUCGCCAUUUUUUUUACCAUUUCACAUUUUUUUUAGUUCAUUUCAAUUGUCUGCACUUAUCAUUGCGGGGGAGCUGUGUGGAAAUUGACGUGAUUUAAAGAUAAAAGCAAUCAUGAUGGCUAGUUGUAUCGAUUCAUGGGAGGAGGAUUCACCUAGAAGCGACGGGGAACAUUCUUCAACAUCGCCGGAACCUACGAGUAACGUCGCCGUGGACGACUUCACUGGUGGAGAGAAGGAUUAUCGCUGUAUGUACGUAAGAGCUAUUACAGAGGAGGACUUACAAAAUUUGUCCAAGUCGUUGGUGGUACUAAGUGACGACGAUGAAGUUAGCGAGUAUGAAGAAGUUAAUGUAGAAGAACAAGGAGGAGAACGACCGCUUUUGUAUAAAGUAGUAACUUAUGAGAUGGCUUGCAAAUUGGCACAACAACUUGUAGUGCUAAACCAAUCUUCAGAAAUAUCGGAACUUAAUAUUCCAAGUACAAGUAGGUUGAUAAGUCAUCCGAGUACUGGAACUGAAGGAUCUCGCUCCUGUUGUGCAUCAACCAUUAGUAUUUCGGACAGUGAGGGUGAGUCGAUUCAACCCAUUUUUGUUGGAUCACAUGAACAGGUGGAAACUCCAAACCUCUCUUCCAAAAACAAUGCAACGAAAGGCAUGGAAGUGCAGAAAAAUGAAGGCGCUGGCAAAAGUGCAUCAUCGAAAUCCAAACAGUCGUCUACGACUACACCUGGUCUCUCGGCGGGUGGCGCCCUUGUAAAGGAAUCGAAAAAGAAAACUCAACUCGAACGUAAGAUUAAAAGUUCGCCUCAUGAAUCUGAAGAAUCCACAGCACCGUCAAAACGGCGUCGGCGUCGUCCUCGCCGUUUUUGCACCACCUCCAGUUCAGCAGGAGAAGAAGAGCAGCAUGAUUCAGAUUCCAGCUGGUCUAAAUCUCCCACCAGGAAGAAACGACCAACUUUACCAAAAGUUCGCGUCGAGAAUUCGCGUCGACGAACUGCUUCGGCAAGAGGAAAGUCUUCUACAAAUAAAAGAGUUUCUCGAACCACUAAAAAAGCGACUUCAGAGGAAAUAGAGGCGAAUGAUGCAGUCCCAGAAUGUCAAACCGUCGUAGCUAUGAUGGACACUCAGCGACACACACGUUGCGGCAUCAAGACCGGUAUUUCUUGCGAACAACUAAGUUCAAGUAAAUAUCCCUGCCGACGAUGCAAUCGAGAAUACUAUUGUUCUGUUGAGCAUCAACUAGCCGAUGCUAGCCGUCACAAGCCGUUUUGUAAAAUUGAUGCACAACUGGAAGUUAUACCUUUCAACGAAGAAUAUUCCUAUUGGCUCGAGCACAGUGCCCCUUUACUUUAUGAGAGAUGUCUCAACUUCGUUCUUGUAUGGCCGUCGUUGACGGUGGAAUGGCUUACAGAAACAGUCAAUAUUGGGCCCGAACCCCAACUUUUGCUAGGGACCCACACUGGGGACAGCGAGCCCAAUCAUUUGCUUAUCUGUGGGGUUAAUUUGAAAAAAAAUGAUGCACAUGAAGGCGAACUUCAUGUAUUGAAAAGAAUCACUCAUAAAGGCCAAAUUUAUCGAGCCAGACACAUGCCCCAAGAUAGCAGCAUUAUUGCGACAAAAUCGCCAUCCAAAGAUGUCCAUGUCUUCUUUACGCAUGAUUUUCCGGAGGUGGCUGAAAAUGACGGAUUUCGUACGUCUCUAGUGUUGCGGGGGCACAGUCAAGGUGGAUUUGGAUUAGCCUGGAACAUUAAAGAGCGGGGAAUAUUGGCUUCGGGCUCCAAUGAUGGAGUGAUUUGCUUAUGGGAUAUUUGUGCCAACCCGGACACAACUCCCGAGCCCACCAUUUAUCUUUCUUCUCCAAGAACUGUAAAAGCAUCAGUCAAAUAUACUGAACAUACUUCGGUGGUGGAGGAUGUUGCUUGGAAUUUCUUUCAGCCACAUGUGUUGGCAUCUUGUGGUGAUGACAAGAAACUAAUUUUUUGGGAUAUUCGCACUACGACGUCUGCCCAGACUAAGGAAAAUGCUCAUGAUGGAGAUAUCAAUUCAGUUUCAUUGUCUCCCUUUAUAGAGUCCUUGGUUUUGACGGGUGGUUCAGACAAGUUGGUAAAGAUUUGGGAUACUCGCGUAUUAAAUGACCCCGUCUAUACAAUUCAGCCAUUCAAAGAUGCUGUGAUGAAUGUACAAUUUUCUUUGUAUGAUAAUACCUUUGCAUCCGCUGGAGACGAUGGGAAAGUCUAUAUCAUGAGUACCACUAGUUGUUCAUCUACCAGUUCUUCAAACGAGAGUGACGAUGGCAGUAUCCCCAAAGAAUUUGAAUUUAUACAUAGCGGGCAUGUCUCCCCAAUACAUGAGUUCUCGUGGAGUUCUGGAGGAAUGAUAGCAUCUGUGUCAAACGACAAUAUUCUUCAGAUAUGGGAACCCGCACGAAAAGCUGAUGAAGAUGAAGACGAAUUGUUCGUGCCACGUGAAGACAAAUAAUACACUGACCAAUCAUUCCAUUAAAAAUCAACUAUAGAAUUUAUUUGUUAACAUAACAUGUCAAACGUUUGGGUUUUGUUUUUGAAUUUCCAAUACAAGUUGUUAAUGUUCUUAAAUUGACUAUUCAUUCAUUGGUCAAUUUUUGCUUAGUUUUUAUCCCUAUAUAUACUCAUUGGUUGUACUAUUUUUAGUUGUGUGUUAUAAUUUUAAAAUUACCUACAGCAAUAAAGAAUUUUAAACGUAAC